GCGCUGGGAAGUCGGUGCCGCCGCCCGCCCGCCCGCCGCCCGCCGCCCGCCCGCGCCUCCGACGCGGGGGCCGCCGCCGUCUCUCCGUCCACCAUGCGUCCCGGGACGCCGGGGCCGCUGUGGCCACUGCCCUGGGGCGCCCUGGCUUGGGCCGUGGGCUUCGUGGGCUCCGUGGGCUCGGGGGACCCCGCGCCCGGUGGGGUCUGCUGGCUCCAGCAGGGCCGAGAGGCCACCUGCAGUCUGGUGCUGAAGACUGACGUGAGCCAAGCCGAGUGCUGUGCCACCAGCAACAUCGACACGGCCUGGUCCAACUUCACUCACCCGGGGAACAAGAUCAGCCUUCUGGGCUUCUUGGGCCUUGUCCACUGCCUCCCCUGCAAAGAUUCGUGCGAGGGCGUGGAGUGCGGCCCCGGCAAGACGUGCCGCAUGCAGGGGGGCCGCCCGCGCUGCGAGUGCGCGCCCGACUGCGCGGGGCUCCCGGCGCGCCUGCAGGUCUGCGGCUCCGACGGCGCCACCUACCGCGACGAGUGCGAGCUGCGCGCCGCGCGCUGCCGCGGCCACCCGGACCUGCGCGUCAUGUACCCCGGCCGCUGCCGCAAGUCGUGCGCGCACGUGACGUGCCCGCGGCCGCAGUCGUGCGUGGUGGACCAGACCGGCAGCGCCCACUGCGUGGUGUGUCGCGCGGCGCCCUGCCCCGCGCCCUCCGGCCCCGGCCAGGAGCUGUGCGGCAACGACAACGUCACCUACCUGUCUUCGUGCCACCUGCGCCAGGCCACCUGCUUCCGGGGCCGCUCGAUCGGCGUGCGCCACCCGGGCAGCUGCGCAGGCACCCCUGAGCCGGCGGCGGCGGCGGAGGCGGAGGAGGAGAACUUCGUGUGAGCCCGUGGGGCCGGCUUGGGCCUGGCGUUCAAGGACUCCCCGUUUUAUUUAUUGCCACUGCCGAGUCUAAUUUAUGUCCCGUGGACACUCUCCAGAGCCUGGGCCGGGACCACCUGGGAGGGGCCCUGGAGCCCCCCCCCCAGUACCUUGGAAGGCUUGGGGGGAGGGGGCCUGGGCGUGGGGCUGGUAGGUGGGGCUCCCGCUCCAGGCGCGAGCUGCCCCUGAGGACCCCAUGCUUCUCCAGGGGGUAGCUUUAUUUUCGUCACCACGGAGAGGCCUGGGCAUUGCCCGCCAGCGGUUAAUGAAGAGGCACCCCGGCCUGCUAGACAGCCGAUUGGGAGUAACGAAGGGUCCCCAGCCUGGUUUUGUACACAUGAGUCGCAGAACCUGCCCAGGCCCCAGAUAGGUCAAGGAAGCAGCCGCUGUCCACAACCCGCUCGAGGACUCCAGGCCUUGCCUUCCACCUGUGCCUCCAUUUAUGUCCCCAGGACGUCCCGUGGUGGCGCCUGAGGGGUGGAGGAGGGGAGGCCUCUGGCCAGAGAGGCUAGAACAGAACACCGUGCCUAGUGUUGCCCAGUGCACUUUGGGCAGGACCCAGUGGGACCCAUUAAGAGCCCCCGUUCACCCACCGUGGGGUGUCUGUGCCGAGGCCCACUGCACACCUGCCUCCUAGAGCCAUGUGUCUCAGUGCCCACCCCCCCCCCCCCCCCCCCCCCCCCCCCCCCCCCCCCCGCAGGUAAGGCCCAGUCCAGGACCCCUCGUCCCAUGAGACUUGCCUUGGCCGAGCCUCUAAGCUCAGUCUCCAGGCAGACCUGCCUCACCCACCAGCUGGCCCCGGGGUCUGGGUGCUUGCCACACGCUGGCCUGGGCCGAGUUGCUGCCUUCUCUCUGGACUGUUGCUGAGUGUCACCUCCUCACGUCUGCAUGUGGCCAAGGCUCGGACCUGACACGGGGGGCCCAACAGGCAGGAGCCCACCUCCCCGAGCUUAGUGAGCCGUGCGGGGGGCGGUUGUAUUCAUCCUCUCCUGGCCCCUCGGAAGUGCCUUACCUGUGAUGCCCAGAAAAGUGCCUUUGAGUAGCGGGGUUCACCCGAGCCCCCCAACAAGGCCACCUCCCCACCCUGGGGUCCUGCCUCACCAAAGAAAUAAAGACUGUAAAAAGCUA